AUGCCACGUAAAGCUACCAAAAGUACUGGUGCGCCGGCUUCCAGGAGUUCCUCCAAACGUCCCGCACCGGAGGUUCCAGCAAGGCAGUCUAAAAGAGCACGGGCUGCGAUUCGGAAAUCGUACGUCGAGCCUGAAAGCGACACGGAUAAUGAGGAUAGACUAAAGAAAGUUCAACUAUCCAAUGGUGACUAUGACGAUGAUGAAGGGGUGGCCUCCGACUACGAGGAGCACAGCGACAAGGAUCCAUCGUCGGAAUCUGAGCCCGAUGAAACUGCCACUGACGAUGACAUCGAGAGCAAGCGGCCAACUCCGAGAGGGCGCACCACCAAGAACCUCCCUAUACACAAAAAGGCCGCCGAUGAGAAAGAGCUUUGGAGACCGGGAGCAAAACUGGCACCAGGAACGCAGCUGGUCAUCAAGAAGCCAAAGGCCCGAGAUGCAGGCGACACGCCAUAUUUGGAUCACACAAUCCAUCCAAAUACAAUGUUGUUCCUCAAGGACUUAGCAGCUAAUAACGACCGUCAAUGGUUGAAGCUCCAUGACCCUGAUUUUAGAGUUUCAUUUCAAGAUUUCACAACAUUCGCCGAGAAGGUAUCAGAUAAGAUUAUUGAAGCAGACGAGACCAUUCCCGAACUACCGGUCAAAGACGUGAUCUACCGUAUCUACAGAGACAUCCGGUUCUCAAAAGACCCCACCCCGUACAAGACUUACUUCUCUGCGGCUUGGUCGAGGACUGGACGAAAAGGUCCUUACGCGCACUACUACGUUCAGGUGCAGCCCAAAGGCGGGAGCUUUGUAGGUGGUGGCUUCUGGCAGCCGGACGCGACGACCCUCGCCAAACUUCGACGCGACAUCGACCGUAAACCGCACAAGUUCAAGGCGGUUCUGACUGACGCCGGCAUUCGGGAGGCAUUCCUCGGUGGCGUGAAAGAUGACGAGAAGAAGGCUGUCAAAGCUUUUACGAGUCUGUCGAUGAAUCAGUCAAAUGCUCUGAAGCGCAAUCCAAAGGGAUAUGACCAUGAUCACAAAGAUAUUGAACUUCUGCGGCUCCGCAAUUUUACCAUGGGGCGAAAGCUUACAGACGACGAAAUUGUCGGUGUUGGAGGUUUGGAGCGUGUGGGUGAGCUCGUAGCCAAUAUGGUGCCCUUUAUCACCUAUCUUAACAGCAUCGCGAUGCCCGACGAUGACACGUCAGACUCGAGCGACGGCGAUGGAAGCGAUGCCGAGCCUGACAAUGACAGCGGCGCUGCAGAGGAUGACGAGGCUUGA